AUGCUGCGCCAACAGCAGCAGCAACAUGUGCUUCUGCAGCAACAGCAGCCGCACCCUUUGUUACUGCAGCAGCAGCAGCAGCAGCAGCUGCUGCAGCAACAGCAGCAGCAUCAACCACAACAGCAGCAGCAGCAGCAGCAGCUCCAGCAGCAGCAGCCACAGCAGCAGCAGCAGCAGCAGCAGCAGCAGCAGCAGCAGCCGCAACAGCAACAGCAGCAGCAGCAGCAGCAGCUACUGCUGCAGAAGCCGCAACAGCAACAGCAGCAGCCUCAAAAACACUCUCUCUCAGAGCACUCCCUGCCCAACCUAUGGCGGAGCAAGAGGAGAAAAACAGCUCGCAAGGAGGAGGAGGAGGAGAUGGAGAAGGACGAUGGGAAUACAUCAGACGCCUUUCCUUCCUCACAGCCCAAAGUGCUCGAGCCUCUGCAUUACAGGGCCCUCCGAUCGAUCCAUGAGUCGAUCCGACAGGUGGAGAUGCUUUUUGGCGUGAAGGCGCUGCUGCUGAAAGAGAGGAUGGAUGGGGGAGAGGCUGGGGAGAACGGGGGUGAAGCGGCGGGGGAGCAGAAGGAAGGGGCAGAAGGGGGAGCGGGGGGAGCGGAGGGUGGGGAUGAAGCAGCAGAGGAGGAGGGGCAAGGAGAGGGGGGUGGUGGGGAUGUAAGCCCUGUAGCAAGAGGAGAAAACGUGGUGGCGAAAUGGGAGAAGGAGGAGAAGGAGGCGGAGACCCGCCGGCGCAAGGCAGCAGCGCAGCAUGGAGACCUGCUGAAGAUGCAGCUGCAGGAGCUGAUCUCAUGGUGGGAAAAGAAGGGUGACGGACGUCUGGGCCCGCGCGAGAGGGAUCCCUUCCAGGGCAAGCCAGAGGAGGAAAAGGCAGCGAAAGAAGAGCUGUUUGAGACAGUGCUAGCGGUGGUUCGGCUGCUGCCGGCGUUUCCUACGGAGUGCCAGGGGAGCCUGGGAAAGAUGUGUGAUGUGGGAGGGGAGGUGUGUGAGAGGACGGAUGUGGAUUUGUACUGGGUGGAGCGGGUGGUGGCAUACAACCCUCCCGAGGUGCUCAAGAUGAUGCGCACAGAGAAGGGCAUUAAGCAGCUGGAGGUGACGAUGCAAGAGAGGAAGGUGCGGGCGAGUGAGGAGGUGGUGGCACAGAUGGUGAGCGACUCAGCAGCUCAGCUCAGAGAGGGCGGCGUGGAGACCGAAGCGUUUGUGAUCAGCCUCAAGUGCCCUCUCUCCCUCGCCCGCAUCAAGGUGCCAGUGCGGGGCAAGAAGUGCUCCCACGAGAGCACAUUCGACCUCGCAUCGUACCUCCGCAUGAACCAGGGUCUGGCCAAGAACGUCAAGCGGGCGUGGCGCUGCCCUAUUUGCUACCAGCAGCUGCUGUGGUCCGAGCUGUUCCUGGAUGGAUUCAUGCAAAAGAUUCUUGAUGAAACGAGUGACGAGGUUGACGAGGUGGAGGUGUUUCCAGAUGGCAGGUGGAGAGUGGUGGAGAGCGGUGAUGGGGAGGACGGGAGCUUGGGCGAGGCGCCUCAAGAGUUGGCUCGUAUGGAUGGGCGAGAAGUGGUUGAGAGAGGCUCAGAGGCAGGGAGGGGUGGAGCAGCAGCAGCUGUGGUGGUUGGGAGGGAAGCAUUGGUGGUGGUGGGUGGGGCUUUAAGUGGGGUUGCUCCUGAGGCGCCUCAAACAUCGGCUCGCGUGGAUGGACCAGAGGCGGUUGGCAAUGGCGCUGAGGCGGAGAGGGAAGCGGCAGCUGUGGUGGGUGGGGCGUUGAGUGGGGUGCCUGAACCAGCAGGCAGUUUUGUGGAGGCGUCAUGUGUUGUGGCAGAGAUGAAAGGUGGGGUGCAUGGGCCUGCAGGUGAUAUGUCAGGUAUGGCAGGUAAGGCGCAUGCACCUGCAGAUGGGACGGCUGGGAUAGCAUGUGAUGCGCAUGCAUCUGCAAAAGGGACGCCUGGGAUGGCAUCUGAGGCGCAUGGGCCUGCAAAAGGGACGGCUGGGAUGGCAUCUGAGGCGCAUGGGCCUGCACAAGGAAUGGACUGGAGGAUUGAAGAGAAAAUGGUUGCUGAUUCCAAUGGGUGUGGGCUUCAGAAGAAGAGUGCUAGGGAAGAGACAGAGCAAGGGGGACAGUGUCGAGAAUUGCUGGUGGGGAGUGUGGUGGGACGAGGGGAGGUGAAGAAGGAGGAGCAAGUAUGGGAGGGUUGUGAUCUGCUGUUGGGGAGUGUGGUGGGAGGAGGGGAGGCGGAAGAGGAGGGCUGUGCUAGGGGUAGGGGCACGAGCGUGGGUGGAGUUAAGAGGAAGAGAGACGAAGAUAUGGGAGGAGAAGGAGCGGAAGGUGGAGGAAAGGGAGAGGGGGAAGCGGACGGAAGUAAGGAACAGGCUGAAAGGGUUUCAGAUAUGGGGAUGGAGAGGAGGAAUGGGAAGGAUGAGAAGGAUGAGAAGGAUGAGAAGUUUGGGAAGGUUGGGAAGGGAGGGGAGGAGGAAAUGGACGGGAAAGAGGGGAAGGGAGGGAAGGAUGGUGUAAGCACGGGUGGUUCUGCUGGCAGUGGUGGUUCAGGGAGCGGCUCAGGGCAACGGAAGGGCAAGAAGACUGUUAUGGUGGUCCGUGAUGGUGCUGCUGCUAGGAGUGCUGGUGCUGCUAAAGCUGUGGAAGCAGAGGUGAUUGAACUGCUGUCCGAUUCAGAUGAAGAGGAGGAAGAGGAGAAGGGUGCUGCUGGUGCUGCUGGUGCUGCUGGUGCUGCUGGUGCUGGUGGUGCUGGUGCGGGUGCUGGUGCUGGUGCUGGUGCUGCCGGUGAUGGUGAUGGUGGUUCUAGUUAUGCUGGUGCUGCUGCUGCUGCUGUUGGCGUUGCUGCUGGUGGAGCAUCAGUUAUCCCUGCCCUCCCUCUCAAGCCUCGCGCCUCCCCUUACCUCCCUCGAAUAUCCCUUCUUUUCCGCCCUUCCAUGCUCCUGGUUUCCCUGUCUUUUGUCCGUGUGUCAUCUCUUUUUUGUCUCCUCUGUAGAGCAGAGGGAAUGCAGCGGACACAGGAGGAGGAGGAGGAGGAGGAGGAGGAGGAGGAGGAGGAGGAGGAGGAGGAGGAGGAGGAGGAGGAGGAGGAGGAGGAGGAGGAGGAGGAGGAGGAGGAGGAGGAGGAGGAGGAGGAGGAGGAGGAGGACCUUUAA